UGCCAACCUCACUCGAUCGUUGGUCUUUUCAUAUCUCGACAAAUGGUACUUCGAUGGCAGUUUCUGUAGACACCGUCAGUGACGUUGACGGUAAUGGCUCGCAAACAACCUGCCCACGGCUCUCAACCGGCCGAACUGUUGCACUAUUCUCGACGGUAUCGUGUGGUCAUCUGUACAAUUUGCCAUUAUGCGGUCCCUCGACCGGGAAUUGCCUGGCAUUUGAAGGAAAUGCAUUACAUGAGUCCGUCCGACCGCAGACCAUACCUGGAGUUCGUGGCCAAGCUCGACAUUUGCCAUCCCAACCAAGUGGUACCCCCAGCCGCAGAUGAAUUUCCAGUUCCAUACCUGCCACUGUUCGACGGCUUACAGUGCAGCGUAUCGGGCUGCGACUACCUUUGCACCAGCGAGAAACGUCUGAAAAACCAUCUCGCAAGUACACAUAAGACUCAGCAAGAAGCGUCUCGUCGAGUGCCCGUACAGACGUUCUUCCGCGGCAACAAGCUCUCAUACUUUACUGGUCCGAGUACACCCUCCUUGCUCACACCCAUGACUUCGCAUGGGAAACUCCUGCCGAGGCCAGCACAAUCUCAAACACUGCGCGGGCCAGUAACCACUUCCAUAAGCUGCCGAUUACAGUGUCCGAAUCAGGACCCACUGGCACUACUCCAACAUUACCAGAGGUCCACCUACAAGACGAUAGCGGACGGAACUCCCACUGACGAGAAGUUGUGGAGGGAGGUAAUUUUCCAGAUGGCUCACGAACAAGAAUUCCUCUUGAAUGGCCUCCUCGCAUUCACUUGCCUCCAUCUGGCAUACCUCAACCCAGAAACACGAAAUGAGUACCUCAUUAAGGCAAGUGAAUAUCAGGGCAAAGCCAUGCCGCAGUUUCGAGAUGCCAUAGGGAAACCCAGUGAAGGCAACUGCCACGCAGUACUCGCCUUCUCCUGUCUUCUCAUCCCUUACAGCUUUGCCUCUGAGCAACAGGAUGAGUUGCUUCUAGCCUCGGAUGAUGAAGUGGAUGUUGUGCCGACGUGGCUGUACUUUAUCCGCUACGGCUGCAUCAUGCUUUGUGAACACUGGAAGAUGGUAGAAUGUGGACCUUGUGGAGCUCUCGCCAAAGCCUGGGAGAAGCCGUUCGAGACGAGGACCCCGGAACAAGCUGCAUAUCUGGAGGACAUGCAAUCAAUCAUGGAUGCCGCUGUUGGUGAACAUGUUUGGCCCGACGAAGCGCGUCAGGCAUACCGGGAAGCAGCAGCAGAACUAGCAAUGGCCUUCGCAUGCCUACAGUCCGAUCCUCAAAAUUACACGACAUGGGAUGCUCUGAGGGUAUGGCCCACACGCAUGUCGAUGGAAUUCACCAAAUUGCUUCGCGACUCACAUCCAGCUGCAUUGAUUUUGCUUGCACAUUAUGCGAUACUUUUGAAACCCAUCGAAUCAAAGUGGUAUUUCAAAGAUCGAGCCACCAAACUCUUGGAAACCAUAUCUCGGAAGUUGCAUCCUCGUUGGCAAUUUGCUCUACCUGGUCUAUGAUGUGAACAGAUGUGAGCGACGGCUAUCCAGGCGCGCCUAGAAACCAAGCAUCUGUUUCAAAGUUGGGGCCCAAGAAGAAAUUCUCUAGGGAGCUGUCUCCUCUUCCAGAUGAGGAGAAGAGCGUCAGUCCAGGAAAAUCCCACUCAAACACAAAUUGUUCGGGGACGAAGGAGUCGAUCUCGUGUUGGGAAUUUUGGUUGCCACCGCUCCAGAAGAAGUUAAACGGCGACUGGAUGUCAGUCACGGCCAUCGAGGGUUGUUCGACAGGAAGUACCUCAGCGUUCAGUCGAUCUUCUUGGACGGCUCGGGCAAAUUUCUGGACGCUCGUCUGUAGCACCUGGAGGUACAUUUUGCUGGUUUGACUUCUCCCACCACCGCUGGACGACCCACCGCCAGCCUUGUUGAGCUGAUCCAGCAGAACGUAACCAUCGUUCAAGAGCUGAAGGUUAGAAGAAGCAUCGUCCUCUGGUAACAAUCGCGUCAGCUUGAGCAAUAACAAGAAACAAUAUGCGGCCUUGGCCCACACGAAGUCCAUCGCGUAGCGAAAAUGAGCUAGGUAAUUCUGCGGCUGGUCGAGGAUGACACGUAAGUGUUUCUUGAGGCAAACUUUCGCUGUUGACAAGAGGUGCUUUUGACUGUCAGACAUCUCAGUAAUGUUUUCGAUACCCAGAACGCGGAUCGCUCGACACAGCACCACGACCUUCGACCAGUACUGUUGAACUUCCAAGUUGAGGAGAAGAACGGGUGUUUCAGCGACUGUUAAGCGCUUCAUAAUGCUCUGCCAAUCGUCAAGCCAGAUGUCGAUGUCUAUUUGCGCGUCUCGAACUAUCGACGUCACUUCGUCAGUGUCGCCCGUCUCGCACAUCGACAAAGAGUCAUGGAAUUUGGCGCGAAGUGCGUUCAGUUCCACCUGAGACAGGAGCCGAAGAUCCAGGAUUGUCGAGAAAGGCUGGUUCAAGAGCACACGACAUCUUCUUGCUUUGCCCCGAAGCUGAAACGCCCGAAGGUUGCCCGCAUCUACCCGGAGAAUUUGUUCCAGCACCAUCAAUUGAAACCAGGCCCUGGUUCGUCUCAUGAGUGCAGCGUUGUCUAAGCUCAAGUCUCUCGAGAUAUUUGCCGUGUCUGUAUUUACCAGUCUCUUCGUCAGCUCCUCGUAGGCGUCAGGCAGGCCAAUGUCGAUCGCCAUUCUUGUGGCGAAUGCCAAGAUCAACGAGCGCUCCGCGGAAUAGCAGGCUAUGACCAAGAGAGCCUGAACAGUCUCCAGACAGGCAUGAUCCUGGUUGAUAAUGACGAGAUUUACCAUCUUCUUGAGCUGAAAUUGCAGCAUAGCAGACAAUGAAGGGUUUGUAUCAUCAAUCACGGAAGAUCCGACCGUUAUUAUGGAGUCGAGUAGGAAGGAGCUUCUAGCCUCAAUUGACUGAAAGGAGUCAUGCAAAGGAUCAAAGAUGGUUACGAAACGGUCACAGCCCUGGAAGAAGGCCUUGAAGAAGAGUUCUGCUUGGUCUGUGCUGACAAGCCCUUUGGCAAUGAAAUUCGGCACGGAACCGUCUUCAACCUCGAAAUGAGUUCGGGUGCGUUUGCGUGAUAGCGAAGGUAGAUUGUGUUGUAAAGCUGGACUUUGGCCGGAAGCCGUUGUUCUGAAAUCGAGAGAAUUCGAAGGAGAGCCAUCACUGCCUGGUAGUGUAUGCGAUGCAUUCUGCUGAUUGUCCAGCCUUUGUUUCAAUAGCUGAAGCUCGUGCUGAAGACUUUCGAACUUCCUGAAUCAAUUGUCAGUCCAUCCAAACACUUCGAUCAGGAUGGUAUAUAAUUCGGGCGACGGAACAGUCUCACAGCUCAUUGGGAUCUUGAGGUCGUUUGACAAAGAUGCAGACCCUCUUCAGUAGUUGACAGCUUCUCAAUUGUCAGUCACAGAACGAACUUGAGACGAUACGAGAAUCUCUCACCGAGAGCAAGGAUGCUGCCCACUACAUCGCACCUUAGAAGCACGACACGAGCCACAGGCUUUCUAUGCAAG